UUUUAGCAGGCGGUUUCAACGAAGGAAGGAUACGGAACGAAGGAUAUUGUUACCUGGCAAAGAUGAACGUUUUACACGAAUUAGGACAAAUUGCGCAGCGAACGCUUCGAAGGACCAUCUGCACCACACUCGCACGACGAUCCACAUAUGAAAGCGACGGCAAAACGUCCGUAACGAUUCUCAAUAAGGAGGCCGACGCCGGGCUGAUGAUCAACUCGUACAGUCAGUUUGGUUUUAGACUGAACAACGAAAUGGUAGUUUUGGGUCCAAUGGCGAUCUUUUCCCGGACUGUGCUUUCGUGGAAUGUGGAAAGCUACGAGGACAUAAACGACGCAACGCUCAGCUUGUUCUGUGCCAUCGAGCCAAAGAUCGACGUUUUGGUGGUUGGUAUCGGUGACCAAACCAUAACACCGGCCUUUUCGCGCAAAAUUAUCGACUUCAUGAAGCAGUACAAGAUCAAUGUGGAGGUACUCGGUACCGAGCAGGCUUGUGCUACUUUUAACUUUUUGAACGCCGAAAAUCGCGUCGUGGCGGCCGCGCUCAUCCCUCCGAUCAGCAUUCGUCUGACGGAGGACGAUCUGAUGAGGAAACAGAUAUCGGUUAGCAAAACGUUCGAAGUGUCCGAUAAGUAAACGUUAACACAGAAUCCGUUAGAUCGAUUUGCGAAUGUGUACAUAAUAAAGUUAGAGUUGCCUAGUUGUUAGACACGGAAAAGACGGCUUCGUUCUAUUUAUAUUCUCAAUUACUCACCGGGAUUACUUCCUACACGUGAGCAUUCCCAUACACUCCGUUGUUCGUUUGGGCCGCAAUAAAUGAAUAAAAC